GCCCGUUGUGGACCUCCUGCCUGCGGCUCAGGUGCCUCUGUGGGCCGGGAGGUCACCCGACUGGCGACGGAGUCAGACUUUCCCGCCCCGCUGCCCUUCCGGCGAGAGGCGAUGGGGGGUGAGUCCCCUCAAGCAGCGGCAGCUGGUCGCCAGCGGAGCUAUUUAGUGGCUGUUUGGAAGCAAGAUUAAACACUGAGAUGUUUUACCAUUGGGGGAUGGUGAAGAGGUUGUCUCUUGAGAAAUUACCUUUGCGGGCUUUUAUCCAGGUGAGAGGUUUAUCAGGGGCUGAUGCUGUCAAUGCUCUGCGGCCAUUCUAUUUUGCUGUGCAUCCAGACUUCUUUGGCCAGCAUCCAAGAGAGAGGGAAGUCAAUGAAAAUUCUUUGAAGAGGUUAAAUGGGUAUUUGGAGAAUCUCCAGAAGCCAGGUUCCAGUUCUUUUAAACCAACCCAACUCACUUUUUACGUACGAGAGAGAGAGCAAAACCCUUCAGAUGUCCAAGAAUCAUUUGGAACUUCAGGAUUUCGAGCAGUCAGUUUUACUUUGCAAACCAAGGACCUACUAAGCACAGUAUUGGAUGUCCUGAACUCCUGUAGCUUAUCUACUGAGCAUGUGCAGAGUUUAUAUGGCAAUGUGGAGACUCUGUCUAACCGGGGAGCACAAAGUGCAUUACGAAGGCCUAUCAGAUGGGACAAGACUUAUUACUCUUUUACUGGGUUCAAGGAUCCUGAGGAAGAACUUGAACAAGCUCAGAGGAUGGAAACAACUCUGAGUUCAUGGUUAUGUAAUAAUGAAGAGAGUGCAGUAAAGAAGCUGAAUAAUAGUUUGCCACUCCGGAAAGAAUUGGACCGCUUGAAAGGUGAACUUUCGCAUCAGCUGCAGCUUUUUGAUAUUAGAUGGCAGAGGAGCUGGGGCAUUGCACAUCGGUGUAGCCAGCUGCAUAGUCUAAGUCGGCUGGCUCAGCAGAGCCCAGAAGCACUAAGGAAUGCAAAAGGACGCACAGUGAUAUUCACGGACCGUUCAGGCAUGAGUGCAACAGGCCAUGUUAUGCUAGGAACGAUGGAUGUUCACCAUCACUGGACCAAAAUUUUUGAGAGGUUGCCAAGUUACUCUGCACUUCAGAGGAAACUGCUGUUUUUGGAGGACCGUGUAAGCCAUCUUCUGGGAGGCAUCCAAGUAACAUACAUCGAAGAGCUGCAGCCAAUGCUGACCCUGGAAGAGUAUUAUGCUGUCCUAGAUGGCUUUUAUAACAGAGUGCGCAAUAGCAGGCUUCCAUUUCACCCUCGCAGUCUGCGUGGAUUACAUAUGAUACUGGAAAGUGACAGGUACGCUCCAAGGCUGCAUGAACUUGGGCAUUUUAUCAUACCAGCAGUCUGUGAUCCAGCAGCCCUCCAAUGGUUUAUCAUCACCAACGCCCAAGAAGCAAGAGCUAAACUGGAAAGAAAGGAAAAAUUAAUGGUGCUUGAAAAAGAACUGAUCAAGGCUUCCACAGAGAAGUUUUCCCUUCACCAGCUGUACAAAGAGCCUAGCGUUUCCAGCAUGCAGAUGAUUCGUUCAUGCAAAAGACUGCUAGAAGAGUCACUGCCCUAUCUGCAAGGCAUGCGUCUCUGCAUUUCCCACUUCUAUUCGGUGCUGCAGGAUGGAGACCUCUGUAUUCCUUGGAACUGGAAAAACUGACCCACCUACCAAAAAAAUCUGUAUAUGUGUAAGAGAAGAUGAACACUGAUAGAAAUUGUAGAUUAAAUUACUGAAAUGCGUGUUUUUAUGUUAGUCUUAUCCAAGAAGUUUAACUGUCUGUUGUUCAAGAAGGUACAAAUGAUCAGUUGUUCAAAGCGGUUUGUUAAAUCUUAAAAGACUAAAUGGUUUUCUGUACAAAAUCCGGAAUGAAUGAGGAUAUUAAUUAAAGGGUUUUGUUGGAGACAGUGUUAUAGAAAACUUGACUUAAAUCUAAAAAGCACAAACAUGAGUUUUAUAUAUUAUAAAAUUGUGAAUUAUGACAAACUUCCCUGGUAUGAAUUUUAAUAUAUAAGAAAAUGUGCCUACUGAUUAAAAGUAGUGAUUGAACCUAACCUAUGAUGCAAAUUUCCUUCUCAUUAGAGAAGGGUAGAACUCGAAAAGCUGGGAAAUUCACAUUUGAGGCCAUCCAUUGUUGCCAAUGGUUUUGUUACAUUCACGUGUGAUAUAGAUUAUUAGUUCAAAUAUUCACAUGUAAUAUAUAGCGUAUGUGUGUGUGAUGGGAGAAUAUUCUUUAGUAUAAUUUAUUUUACAAAAUUAUUGUGCACCUUAAGGUGUUUUUUAAUGUUGAACUUUUACCCCUUAGGCCACCUACUUUGCACAUAACUUUUUUGAUAGAGUUGCAAAGAAUAUUCAGCUACCUUGCACUUUCCCGUCCAUAUGGGAUUUGCAAACUGUUCCGUUUUGUAAAAAAUCCCCUGCUUUGUGACUCUAUAGGUGCACUGGUGAAGGGGGAGGGGCUUGCAAUUUACUGCAGCCAAACUGCCAUGUUUAGACAUGCAGUAACAUUUUGCUGCCAGAACAGAUAUUCAGGUUGGUUCCUUUUUUCAAAACCUGCAAAAAGUUAUAUAAUGCUGUAGAACUCCGCCAGAAACAUGUAUAAUAUCUAGAAGGGCUCCCACCCUUUAAGGCACUCCCAUAUCAACUGCAGGAAGCCAUUUGGACAGACUAUAGUCUAUCCUAUGCACUGUAUGGAUGAGACAGGGACCAACUCUUGGCCUGAUUCUUCGACCAGGUCCCUCAAAUCAUUGAAGAUGCAUCCUUGUGUUUAAUCUUUAUGUUGGUGAAGUCAUCCAGUUAUUUCAGUACCGUUAAGCAAGAAUGAGAGAUUCAUGGCAUGCUUGUUUCCAAUACUGUACCUGAGUGCGUCUUAAGCAAAGGGGCAAGGCAUUAGUGUGAAACUGUUCACUGUAAAAAUGAUUGAAUCCUGCUCCCUCAGAUGUCCCUGAGGUAAAAUAUAGCUGUGUGUCUUUAAAACUAUUUUAAAAUUUUAAGUUGCCUUCAGUAUUUAUGGAAGUAUCUGUGUGUUUAUCAAAAUGGGUAAAAUCUCUGCAUGGGAAAAGAAUGUUGCUGGGUGAACAGUGGAGUUCUUUUGUUCCCAGUGAACACAGUGGCACUGGAUGGCACACAGAUCCACACUGGAUGAUCCCUAAGGGGUAUCUGUUUUGCUGCUGCUAGCUGUUAGUAUUGUGAUAGCUCAGUUGUCCAAUGGUCUGGAUUUUUAAACUACUUGUGAUGAGAUGUCUGCUUUCCCCCCCCCCCCCAAAUAAAAUGGAGUCCUAAGA